CCGGAAGUGCCGGCGGAGCCGCCGGUCCCGCUCCCGGCCCCGGUCCUGCUCCCGGCCUCGCCAUGGGGGUCCCGGCCUUCUUCCGCUGGCUCAGCCGCAAGUACCCCUCCAUCAUCGUCAACUGCGUCGAGGAGAAGGCUAAGGAGUGCAAUGGAGUCAAGGUUCCCAUCGACACCAGCAAGCCCAACCCCAACGAGGUGGAGUUUGAUAACCUCUACCUGGACAUGAACGGCAUCAUCCACCCUUGCACGCAUCCAGAAGACAAGCCAGCACCCAAAAACGAAGAUGAAAUGAUGGUGGCGAUUUUCGAGUACAUCGACAGGAUCUUCAACAUCGUGAGGCCGAGGAGGCUCCUCUACAUGGCCAUAGAUGGAGUGGCCCCACGUGCCAAGAUGAACCAACAGCGGUCAAGGAGAUUCAGAGCGUCGAAGGAGGGCAUGGAGGCUGCUGAAGAGAAGCAGAAAAUAAGACAAGAAAUUCUGGCCAAAGGUGGCUUUCUCCCUCCAGAAGAAGUGAAGGAGAGAUUUGACAGCAACUGCAUUACCCCGGGGACGGAGUUCAUGGACAAUCUGGCGAAAUGCCUGCGCUAUUACAUCGCCGACCGCCUCAACAGCGACCCGGGCUGGAAGAACCUCACCGUUAUUUUGUCGGAUGCCAGUGCUCCUGGUGAAGGGGAACAUAAAAUCAUGGAUUACAUUAGGAGACAGAGAGCUCAACCAAAUCAUGACCCAAACACUCACCACUGUCUGUGUGGGGCUGAUGCUGAUCUGAUUAUGCUUGGCUUAGCUACACACGAACCAAACUUCACUAUAAUUAGGGAGGAGUUCAAACCAAAUAAACCCAAGCCGUGUGCUCUCUGUAACCAGAUGGGUCAUGAGGUUAAGGAUUGCCAAGGUUUGCCCAGAGAAAAACAAGGAAAGCACGACCAGUUUGCCGACACCCUUCCCGUGGCGGAGCAGGAGUUCAUCUUCAUCCGCCUGUGUGUCCUGAGGGAGUAUUUGGAGAGGGAACUCACUAUGGCCAGCCUGCCUUUCACGUUUGAUUUCGAAAGAAGUGUCGAUGACUGGGUCUUCAUGUGCUUCUUCGUGGGAAAUGACUUUCUGCCUCACCUGCCAUCUCUGGAGAUCAGGGAGGGAGCAAUCGAUCGCUUGGUGAACAUCUAUAAAAACGUGGUGCACAAAACCGGGGGGUACCUCACAGAGAGCGGGUUUGUCAACCUGCAGCGGGUCCAGAUGAUCAUGCUGGCGGUGGGAGAAGUUGAGGACAGUAUUUUCAAAAAGAGAAAAGACGACGAUGAUAACUUUAAAAGACGACAGAAAGAAAAAAGGAAAAGAUUGAAGAGGGAUCAGCCUGCUUUCAUUCUUGGUGGGCAGUUCUCCCCUCAAGCCCUGGGCAAUCGAUCCAGCCCUCAGGCAAUCUGUAACCCCAGGCAAGCUGCCUUUGAGAUGAGGAUGCACGAGAGGCACAACUCUACAACUUCAGCAUCUCCAAAUACCAGCCUGACUCCUGAUGGCAGCCCGGCCCUGGGAGGAGGAGGAAUUAAGCGGAAAGCUGAGGACAGUGACAGUGAACCUGAGCCAGAGGAUAAUAUCAGCCCUGAUUAUGAAUCAAGCAUCAUUGACUUCUACCCUGAAGAUUUUGCUAUUGAUUUAAAUGGGAAGAAAUACGCUUGGCAAGGUGUCGCAUUAUUGCCCUUUGUGGACGAGCGACGCCUCAGAGCUGCCCUGGAGGAAGUGUACCCUGACCUCACCCCCGAAGAGAGCAGAAGGAACAGCCUUGGUGGUGACGUUCUCUUUGUUGGGAAGCACCACCCGCUCUGUGACUUCAUCGUGGAACAGUACAAGACCAAAACCACAGAGGCAGUGGACAUCCCCCCGGAGCUGUGCCACGGGAUCCAGGGGAAGCUGACCCUGAACGACAACGCCGUCCUCCCGGACCAGGUGGUGGAGUCUCCUGUUCCGAUGCUGCGGGAUCUCACCCAAAACUCUGCAGUCAGCAUCUCCUUCAAAGAUCCACAGUUUGCUGAAGACUUUGUUUUCAAGGCUACGGUGUUACCUGGGGCAAAGAAACCUGCUCCGGUGCUGAAGCCGGGAGACUGGGAAAAAACCAACAAUGAUGGCAGGCCUUGGAGGCCACAGCUGGGCUUCAACCGAGACAGGAAACCAGUGCACUUGGACCAGUCGGCCUUCAGAACCUUGGGGCACACGAUGCUGAGGGACAGAGGGAUGCCAGGGAUGUAUCCCAACGCCGUGCCCAUCGGAGCCUACGGGACCCCCUACGCCAGGCCCCUGCUGGGGGGGCAGCAGCAGAUCCCCAAGCUGUUGUCAAACCUUCGGCCGCAGGAGUCCUGGCGAGGCCCCACGCCCUUGUUCCGGCAGGCACCACAGAGAAGUGCUGGAGCUGCUCCUCUCCUUGCCUGGAACCGCAUGCUGCAGUCCCCCAACCAGUUCCAGCCGGCGCAGUACCAGGGGAUGGGACCCAUGGGAUACCCCCAGAGACCCGAGGACCGCAUGGACAGGGGCAGACAGGCGUACAGCCCCGGGAGGCCCUUCCCGCUCCCUCCUCCCGCAGGAAGGUACAGCUGGAAUUAGCUCCUGGCUUCUAUUUUUUUUUUUUAUUAUUAAAUAAAGGAAACGUCCGGAUUUGGUUUUUUUUUUUGCUUUUUGUUCUUUCUAUUAUUUUGUGGGGGAGAGGGGGAAAAAGAAAAAAAAAAAAGAAAUCGAUGAAACUGUUAAGCACCAUCCCUGUAGUUUUUAAACUUGUUUAAAAUGUGCAUAUUUCCUAUGGACCUGGUUGCUGAUGAUUUUUUGGGAGGGGGGCCGCGUGGCUGGGAAGCGGCAGGUUGUGGAGCAGCCCGGGAGCCGCUGGAGGAGGUGGGGGUGCUGUGCUGUCUUCCUUACUUAUCCCAGCUGUGCCCGUCACUCCGGACUCCAAACAUCCCCUACUCCACUCACGAGAGCCUGAAAACAGCCGUGGAGUUUUAAAGAAUGCCCAGAAAUGGGAUUUGAUGGGCUCCCGGGGCACAGCCGGCAGCGCUGGAACACGCAGCCCUCGCCGGUCCCGGGCGGAUGUUGGUCGGAUGUUCCUUCAGUGUCUCGCAGAGGGGCGGAUUUUUUUGGGACUUGGAAGUAAAACAUUUCGACUUUUGCGACGCCUGGCUGUUCCUGGCUUGGUUACUGGGGGCACAGCCGAGCAGGGGAGGUGGAUUUGUCUGUUUGAUACCUAAUUUAAAAUAGCCGCGGAAGGGCAGAGAUUCCGUUUGUUUUUAGCACCUCUUUCUAGGGAUUUUUCUGUGUGAGUGUACCAACUUGGUAAAUAUUUUUUAUUUGCUUUAUAAAGUGGCUUUUGAAAUUCUGAGCA